AUUGGCUGUCUGAAGUGUAUCUGCCAAAUGCCGUAAAUGAAGCGGGUCCAGAAGAAGAAGCGAUCAGAUUAGGAACUCUGGGCUCUCGGGAGUGAUAUGUAAAGAUCUCCAGAGACAUUUCAUUGAUUGUAAUCAUAAUGGUUUAAGACAACGUACAUUAUGUGCAAAGUGCAGGUAGGGACAGCCAGAAGGUGACAGACAUGAGGGACAUAAAGCCAACCACUCCACAGUCAACAAACCUGAGUGAUUUGUGAGGGUGGUAGGGCGACAGCAUUGAGACAUCCCAGUCCUCCAAACACUCUAUGCCCAUAAACCCUCCAACACACCAAAAACAAUCAAAAUAUAUCAGCAUAACAAACAAAACAAAAAUUUACUUUCAAUUACCUUCAUCAGAACACAUGAAAAAAACAAACUUCUUUGACUGUUGCAAGUUCUGGAAAGACCUCAAAGUCUACUUAUACCCUGCUCAUCUGUGAUUUUCAGUACGGUAUUUUCUGGAAUGGAAUACUUCUGCUAGACUGAAUCAUAACUGACACUUCGUUAAUCAAGUUGACAUAUUAUUUCUUACUGUUUAAAGACUUAACGUUACUAACCUUACAAACCGUGCAUAUCUUACCAGCACUGAUAUCUGAGAAACUGCCUUCCUCCAGCUUCACAUAUUUCUUUGUUCCUCUGUGUUUUACAUUUAUCAACAUCUUGAUAACUUAAUUUUCAAAAGAAAAUAAUUUUACUACUAAUAAAAGCAACUUGUGGUCUGUGUAGAUGUAGAAAUGUACGUUUUUCGAGCAACUAAUAUGCAGCAGGGUGGGUAAACUCUGCCUAUUUUAACAGACCACGUAGAUGAUCCUCUUUUAGUAGCCAGUAGCCAUGGCAACUGUGGACUCAUGAGCAUGUAGGGUUUGUCCAAAGAAAUGCUCUUCCUUUACUGCACCCUGUAUUUUGUAAGCCCGUUCACAUUAUUCAGCUCACCUUUUUAGCUAGUUAGCUAGACAAGGUUUAGUAACCUAGAAAACAGUGCGUUUGCCAUUUAUAGUACAUGUAAAAUUGUCUUGUCAACACUGGAGACAAAAUUGUAUUGCUAGCUAUACUGAAGGGAUAUCUCAAUAUUAUGCAAUUUGAAGAGUAAAACCAUUUUGGACAUCAGCCAUCAGAAAGAAAGGUUGCUUUACAGAUGAACUGUAAAUAAAAUCAAAACUUUUAAAAAAAUCUUAUGUCACCAUGAUUUCCACUGAUGCCAUUACGUCUGUGGAAGGCUGUUUGUAUUGCUUGUAUCAGUCAGCCAAAUGUAGAUCAUUCACAUACAGACACACACUAUCUACUUGCACAUUAUAUAUCACUUCCAGGUCUAAGCAUCUGGACAUUAGACACAUUAAGACCACAACCAUAUGUCUUGUGCUGUGUUUAGUUUCUUUUUUUUGCUGCUUUGACAACACCUCUGUAGUCUCCAAUGACUCACAUGCCUGCCUUCUCUGACAGCCAGUGUUGAUGCUUUGAUGACAGUCUGCCCUGAAAGUGAGUUUUUCUACUUUAAUAUCACAGCUGUCAUGACUGGGAUGGGAGCUGAUGAUGACAUCCCACUUGGUGAGAGGAAAACUGUGACCGACUUCUGCUAUCUUCUGGACAAGUCAAAACAGCUCUUCAAUGGCCUGAGAGAUCUCCCUCAGUAUGGACACAAGCAGUGGCAGUCCUAUUUUGGCCGUACCUUUGAUGUCUACACCAAACUUUGGAAGUUUCAGCAACAGCACAGACAGGUGCUGGACAAUCGAUACGGGCUCAAGAGGUGGCAGAUUGGUGAGGUGGCCUCCAAAAUCGGCCAGCUCUACUACCAUUACUAUCUCCGUACCUCAGAAACCAGCUACUUAAAUGAAGCAUUUUCCUUCUACUCAGCCAUCCGCCAGCGAUCAUAUUACUACCAGGUCAACAAGGAGGACAGGCCCGAGUUGGUGGUGAAGAAGUUGAGGUAUUAUGCCCGCUUCAUUGUAGUGUGUUUGCUCCUCAACAAAAUGGACCUGGUAAAAGUUUUGGUCAAGGAGCUUUCUGAAGAGAUUGAAGACUACACACAGCGCUUCAACACAGAGGACCAGUUAGAGUGGAACUUGGUGCUGCAGGAGGUUGCUGCUUUUGUGGAGGCAGAUCCAGUCAUAAUUCUGAAUGACGACAAUGCAGUGGUGAUCAAGUCUAGUCGAUUGCAGGAAGGGGGUGUUCCCCAGCUUGAACCAGGCAUGGUGGUUGGGCAACUGACAUUGGCUGAUGCCCUCAUUGUCGGCAACUGCAACAGCCAGGUGAAGUUCAGCGAGUUGACCAUCGACAUGUUUCGCAUGCUCCAGGCCCUCGAACGAGAACCAGUGAAUCUUGCCACCCAAACCACCAAACCAGGGACACUUGUAAGAGAAGACUCUUGCACUCUCCCCAUCUCUCUCACCGAGCCCAACGAAAAGCCAGCAAAACGGGAGAACCCCCACAAAUAUCUUCUAUAUAAACCCACAUUCAGCCAACUAUACACCUUCCUUUCUGCCUCUUUUAAGGAGCUACCUGCCAAUAGUGUUCUCCUGGUAUAUCUGUCAGCUACUGGGGUCUUUCCCACUGGACGCGUGGAAUAUGAAGGACCCUAUGACUUUGGAGGAGUUUUAACCAACACAAAUCGUGAUGUAGUAAAUGGCGAGGCAGUGCAAAAGAGAAACCAGGCACAGAAAGAGAUGCACUGCCUUCACCCUGGAGACCUGUACCCCUUUACCAGGAAGCCCUUGUUUAUUAUUGUGGACUCAUCCAACAGCAUGGCCUACAAGAAUUUCUGUAAUCUGUUUGGCCAGCCUUUGGUAUGCCUACUGUCCCCUACCGUGUAUCCAAAGAACAUGCAAGACCAGUCUCAGCAUGGGAGUCUCUUCACUCUUUUUCUCUACAAUCCCUUAAUGGGCUUUCUGUCUGUCUGUGGGCUGACCAGUAUGCGGCAGGGUUUAUGGGACAAGGCCCAAGAGUUUGUGCGCAAAGUUUCUCACGACAUCGGUCAGAUGCUCACCAGCUCCCGAACCAUUGAUCAGGCUUUUUUGCAGUUCUACGGUGAUGAGUUUUUGAGGCUACUGAUGAUUAGGUUUGUUUUCUGCUGUGCCACUCUCCGACUACACAAGCUUUUCCGGGAAGCACAGAGUUUUCCAGAAUCGUACCCCCAGCUGCCCAAACAGGAGAUGGUGGAGAGCAGCCUACUGCAGAAGCAAAUAAUGGAACUAGCAGCUAUGCUGGAUGUGCAAAACCUCUUUUUUGAUGGCAUGCUGGAUAACUACUGACUGCAUUGUGGCACUCUAGCACUGUGCCCGACUUACAUACUCAUAUGGGCACACACAUAUUGGGUCUGUAGUUUCUCCCGAAUGAAGUUGCUGGUAUUUUGUUUAACUUAACCUCUAUGGAUUUAGAUUAGAUAGUUUUUAACAAUUUAAGAAGUGUCUCAUCUUUGUGGUCAGAUAGCAUUUUUUUUGCCAUUUUCAAACAAGACAAGAGUUACAUGCCAGAUAGCUCCAAAAGUACAAGAUUGGACAUUUGUUUUAUACCUGCAUGUUAUUGUCCAGCUACAGAGACAUACAAUCUGAAAAGGCAGCUGCUAGUUUUAGAAAGGGAGAGCAGAGGAAGAGAAAUAUAUAGCACUUAAGCUCAAUCAAGAAAUGCUGAAUGACACCUGACUAAAAUAUUAAACUGAAAUAUUCAAAGCUAUUUUCACAAUACGUUAUAUGUAUCUCAAUGUUUAGAUUUGCUAACAAAACUGCCAGUUAAAGUUUUAAAAACUGCUUCAUUUUUUAAAUACAACAAACCAUUAUUUAACACAGAAAAAAUUAAAAAUUAAACAUACAAAACAGAUACUAUUGUAACUAGCUAAUGUAACACUGGAGUUGGACAAAGUUAUAAAACUAUUGAUGAUACCGGAAAGAUCCCAUAAAGUUGUAGAGUAUCAGAGUAUCUCAAUCUUAUACUGACAGCCAUAAUAUCCUGUUUUGUCUUUGGUAAUUGUCAUGCGUUAUGUCAAUAGCACAGGUCACACAUCCAUUUGUUGCCUUUGAUGUUCAGAUGUCUUUUGAUCAACUUGACUUGUUUAUUGAUAUCUUUUCCUUACAAUCUGUGUGAUAUGGUGUCAUGUGUUCUGUGAAAUCAAGGCUGGCCUUCAGAAGCUGGUUUAAAACCAAAUGCUUUUUUUUCUGCUAGUAGCAUUUUAACUAAUUCACAUUUAACAAUUUUGCAUGUCUUAGUAUUGUGUGGUCCAUAUAGCCUUUACCUACACCCUGAUUCCAAAACCUGUGUGGUGGACAAAUAAAUAGCUGUUAGUAAGUGUGUGGCGCCACAUACACACACACACACACACACACACACCCACCCCACCACCACCACCAAGAUUAACCUCUAUCAAAAGGAUGUAAAGGCCAAAGUGUGGAGAAUGUAAGGAUGAUCUCAUGAUAUUAAAAAAAAAAAAAUUCAUCAAUCAAGCCCAGUGGAGGUAGUGCCAUAGUUUGGGCUUGCAUGACUGCUUCUUUAACAUGCUCACAAAUUUAGCAACAGAAUAUCUUCACAGCUACAUUCUGCCUGACAAUUUCUAGAGAAAUUCAUUCAAUCUAAUUGGAAUUAAAUUUAUCAUGCAGCAAUGUCCCGAAUCAUACUGCCAGGCACAACAAAGGAUUUUGUGAGGGAAACCAUGGUAAGUCAAUCACCAAAUUUUAAGGAUACAUUUAACCUUCUAAAGAGGAAACUGAAGGAAACAAGUAAAAACAAAUAACUGAAAGAUGCUUCAGUAUAAGCAUAGAAAGAUGCAGCAGUUGAUGGUGAUGUCAGUGGGUUGCCAACUUAAUGUAGCUAUCGCAAGCAAGUGAUAUUUAAACAAACAUUAAAUGUUAUUUAAUUUGCUUUAUCUGUACUGUUUCUAACUCAAAAAAUUAAUGAUCUGCCAAAAAAAGAUGCCAUGUUCUACUUUGUUUUACUCAACUAAAUGUAUAUAUCAGGAAGUAAAAGCACAAUUUUUCGA